AUGGAUUCUGAACGUACAGUUUCGGGAACAAGGACUAAGAUAAUCCCUUUAGCCUUCCCGAAGGGAAUGAGAAAGGUGUGUGAAGUUUGUCAGAGAGACGCACACCUGCAGUGCGACGGUUGCUUGGUCACCUUUUACUGUGGUGAGGAGCACCAACAGGCUGACUGGGAUGGGAUCCAUGAGAAAAUUUGUCAACUGCUUGUUCCCAUCCGCAGCCUGACAACACUUCACUUCUCGGAAGACAACCAUAGUGAAAAGGAAGAGCUGAUUGAGAUUUGCAGGUUGGUGGCACAAAGGAAGGUUUCUGAGGGUAAACACCGAGAAGCUGUACCUGCAGCCCAGUUCUGCCUACGCUGUUCCAUUGAUGUCCACGGUCCCAAUACUGUUCAGCUGGUUCCUGCAUACCUGCUGUUGGCUGAGGUCAACAUGGGUCUGGAUAAUCUAGGGGUUGUAGCGGAGCUCCUGUCCCAUGCUGAGAGGGCCGUACUGCAGAGUCCAGAAUGUGGUUUCUCAGUCCAACACCGGUUGCACAGGAGCCUCGGCCGCCUCAACACAGCAACCGGAAACCUGGAAGAAGCUCUGUUUCACUUUGCAAAUGAUAUAUACUUCGCCUGUGAGGAGUAUGGUCUGGAUAGCACAGUCAUCUGUGCUGGCUACUUUCUAAUGGCUAAUGUGUUUGUUAAACAGGAGAAGAUGUCUGUUGCUUGUUCCUUAUACUCACAGGUGGUACGUACUUUGCACAGCCUUUUGACUAACCUCUUGAAGAUCUACGAGCAAAACAUCGAAGAUCCUGCAAUGAGCUUUGACUCCUCUUUCGACAAAUCCCAGCAAGCUGAGGUGGAUAAGAUAUUAAGAGAUAUACUGGAAUUUGAACAGCAAAAGUUCAGAAAAGACCCCAAUCAGGUUGCGAUGGUGGCUCACUGCUUGGCCAUCCUGUGGUUUCUGAAGGGAGACUCCCAACAGGCACUGGGAUUUGGCAGCACGGCCCUGCAGGCCAGCCAGCUGAUACCAAAGCAUGACCUGACAGGACCCGUCCAGUCCCUGCUGCUGCAGCUGGUGCAGGACCUGCAGACAGACCCACAACCUGGUUCUGGCUAG